UGUGCGCAGGCGCGGAGAUGGACAUGGCGGUUCGCGGCGGGAGCAGUCGGUGCUGGAGCCGCCCUGGAGUUUCACUCACCAUCGUCAGCGGAUUACUGUAGCAGAAAGUCAUGGCUCAGAAACAACCCUUGCUGGCUCUUCAUCAAGUCCUGGAGAAAUGUUUCCAUGUUAUUGAGCAGCAACAGAAUUUGUGGGAAAGUGCACUGACGGAAUGUAUCCCAAUCCUGAGUUCACUGAGUAACUUGGCAGAGCAACUGCAAGCAUGCAACAAAGUUGUGUUUAUGAAUACUCCCUUUCGAGAGUUCCCUGAUCUACAAAACCGUCUGAAAUACAAACUCACCCAGGCUAUCACAAUCAACUUGGAAACCCUUGGUGAGAAAAUGAGUGUAAUGAAAAAGGUACGGGACACAGCCACUAAUCAAGUGACAAUGUGCUUCCAAAUGUACGAGAAACAUGCUGACACCAUUGGGUUGCCUGCAGUUCUUGAGCGUUCAUGUCUCUGUCCAUCUGUAGCAGAUAUGUUGGAGUGGCUUCAGGAUGUCCAGCGGUUUUACAGAAGGCAAUAUCUAUCCAGGAUGCUCUUACUUAAAAAUAUCAGCCCUGCCAAUCUAGCAAAUCUUCAGGCUCUCCUGCAAUCUUGGAGCAGUGUCUCAGAGCAGAUGGAUCAGGACUUGGUUACAGAUACUUUACUAAAAGUAACAUACUUCAUGGAAACUUGCCACAGCUCCAAGAAAGGCUCUUCACCAGAACUGUCACAAGUCUGAUUUCUACUUGAAGCCAUUUGAUCUGAUGAAAGUGGUGGUUCACUACAUCCCGAUAUGGAAUGUAGUUUAAGGGUAACAUGGCCCAACCCUUGCAGACUAUGAACUCGGCCUAACUGGUUCUCAAGUAUAGACUUCUUAGUAUUUCUAUGUCAGUUUUUUUUUAAGAUGUAUCCUUUUGAAUUAAGGUGCAGAUGGAGUCCUGAUCCAUCAUUUAUGGAGCUGCAGCAGAAAUUUGUCCAUGAUUUCCAACUUGGAAGUAUCGCAUCUAGCCACACAGUUUCACAGAAAGUGACUCCACAAUGGAGUGGGAAGUUGUCUCAUGCACUGCUUUUUCUUUUAAAAGAAAGAAAUUAUUACAGUGACUGUUUCCACAUCUUGCAGUAAGGCCCAGGAAUUCCUGGUGGAAUAGGAAAUGCAGGUGGGAAGGAAGGGGAAGAGUGAGUGGGGUGAAGGGGAGGGGAUGUCAAGAUCAAGUUGGACUGGAACACCUGCCAAUUGAGACACUGACUCAUACAGAAAUAUGCAGUGGACAUUGGCUUUGUUUAUGGUGCAUGCAACUGGGGCACCCACUUGAGAAGGGGGUGAGUAUCUUCAAUGUGGCAUGUUAUCACAGCCUAAAGGGUCCUGGUAGCUUCAGGUCCAGUUUCCUUGUGCACCAAUUUUGAAAAGGCAACUGGCUGCUCUAAACUGGCUUCUGGUGUCCGUGUGGGGCUGUAAUGGUAAAGAAUCCUUACAGGCAACCCUGCUCACCACCAUCACCAUCGCAACUUGGAAAGCCAGACCUCAGACAUUUGGACGCAGUGUCUCCAACCUGCUGGAGAAGACACGAGAUAAAAUGUGAAUUUCGCAAAAAUUCUUGUGUAAUGCAGGGUAUGUGCUAUUCACUUAAAACCAAUGUUAUAGCUUAGCAAGCUUGUUCUGUAAUAGAAUAAACUAAUUUGAC